UCACUGAAAUAUUUUCGACACGUGCUGACUUGUUUUUCCCUGCCUGCUUUGUUUUUCAUGUGAAAAUCGCCCCGGAAAAUGGCUGAGACGAGCGGAAAGAUCAAGUUCCUGGUGGCGGACACCACCGCCUUCAUCAACGCCGUGCCCCUGAACGAAUAUGCGGAGCAGGUGCUCACCGUACCGGAUGUGGUGGCCGAGGUGCGCAACAAGCGCCAGAUCCGGCGCCUCUGCGUCCUGCCCUUCGACCUGCAGGUGCGCGAGCCGCGUCCCGAGAGCAUCAAGCACUGCGUGGAGUUCGCCAAGCGGACGGGCGACUAUGCGAGUCUCUCGGGGAUCGACCUGAAGGUCAUCUCGCUCACCUACGAACUGGAGGCGGACACCGUGGGCACCGCCCACCUGCGCACGGAGCCCGUGAUGGCCCAGACCAUUGCCUCCAAGGAGAAGCCCGAGGAGAUGCAGGAUGCGAGCAACAAGAGGCUGGUGGGCUGGUACAUGCCAGAGGGGGAGGAGGAGGAGGAUGACUCCGAGGAGGAGGAGGACUCCCAGGGGGAGGAGGAGCAGGAACAGGAGGAAUCCCAGGAUUCCCCACCCGUAGACAACAUAAAAGCCGCCAUUGAAGCUCAGUUAGCUGGCAAGGAGCCACUGCCCACCGAAGAUCUAAGCGAGGAGCCCAGCCAGGAGGAGCUGGACAAGCUGUUCGAGCAGCUGCAGUGCGCGCCCAGCGCCGAGGAAGAGCAGGAACUCGCUGAACUGCUAAUUUCCCAGCCCGCCGAAGUGGAAUCGGAGGAAUCCGAGCCCGUGCAGAGCCAAAAUCAGGAGGAUGAGGUGGGCGACGAUGGCUGGAUCACGCAUUCGAACAUCAAGAAGGCCAAGAAGGCGCUGGAGGGCAAGGUGGAGACGGAUGAGGUGCCGCCGGUGGCCUGCAUGACCACCGAUUACGCGCUGCAGAAUGUCCUAAAGCAGUUGAACCUUCACCUGGCUGCCUUGAAUGGGAGGAUCAUCAAGCAGCUGCGCACUUAUAUACUGCGUUGCUAUGCCUGCUAUCGGACAACCAGCAUCAUGACCAAGGUCUUCUGCCCGAACUGCGGCAACAAGACGCUCAAACGAGUGGCCGUGAGUCUGGACGAGAACGGGCGGCAGGUGAUACACAUCAAUACGCGACGGCCGCUGACCAACAAGUACAAGAAUCAGAGUCUGCCGCGCUUCACCGGCGGCAAGCAUUCGCGCAAUCCCAUUUUAUUCGAGGAUCAGCCGAUGCCCCGCCAGAUGCCGUCGCGCGUGGCCAAGACCAAGACGAACGCCCUGGACCAGGACUACAUGGCCGGCUUCUCGCCCUUCGUGCUGCGCGACGUCGACUCCAAGUCCGCGAUGCUGCGCUCCAAGGGCAACCUCAAGGAGUGGGCCAGGAACAACAACUUCGAGGAGGACCGCCGGCGCAAGAACUACAAUCGCUUGUACAAGUAGAUAACCGGGGAGUAAUAACCCCCUAAUCGUAGACUUUAUAUAAUAUGUAAUAUAUAUAAAAUAAAACUCAAGGAAGAACUUAAAUCUUCAGGUGGAAAAUGUAAAUUUACGACAUUUUACAAGGCUUUUAAAUAUUUAUAAACUUUUUUUUUGUGGAAAUAAAUCAGUUUUUUAAG